AUGAUUAGUGCUACAGAGGAUGAGCCGCUCCACGUGCUCGAUUUGCCCCAGAUAUACGAGAAGCCCUCGGGGACUGAGCUCAUGAAGACGCUGGCACUGUUAACUCAGCAGCCACGUACCUUUGGAGUCAGCGCCGAGGCAGUCAAGGGCCCUGCUGUGCACCCCGCAGGGGUCAAUCGUUAUCUCACGCAGAUCAUUGCCAGCCCACUUUCAUGGCUGGACACCGAUGAACUGCGAGAGGCCGUGUGGGAUGCCGCUGCUGCUCGUCUGAGCGAGCGAUCUGGCCGAACUGCCAUGCCGGCCAUGUCGCGAGUAUUCAGUGUUCCCACCUUCUGCGGUGAGGACCUCACGCUCACUUUGCACGAGCCAUCCCUCACGUCGGAUAAUUUGGGCAUGAAGACUUGGGUAUCAUCUUAUCUGCUUUCCCGUCGAUUGCAUAGCCUCCUCGAGUCACCCCCGAGCCUCGUUCCCUCGGGCCCUACCGAUCCCUCGAUCGUACAUGCAGACUCACAGAACAAGCUUCGGGCCCUUGAGCUCGGCUCCGGAACAGGUCUUGUGGGCCUCGCAUUCGCGGCUCUGCACGGCAAGUCUGCCACAAUCCAUCUGACCGAUCUUCCGGAGAUCGUGCCAAAUCUGGAGCACAACAGGGCUCUGAACUGUGAGCUUUUGAAUAACACGGAGGCAAAGGUGACCACAGGUGUAUUGGAUUGGUCUGUAGUUCCGGAGCCGCAACCGACAGCGGAAGAGCGAUUCGAUGUUAUUCUCGCCGCGGACCCGUUGUAUUCGCCCAAGCACCCAGCAUGGCUUGUCCAGACCGUUGGAACUUGGCUCAGUCGUGGUCUCGACGCCCGGGUUGUGGCAGAGAUGCCACUGCGUGAUGCGUAUCUGCCACAGGUCCAAGAGUUCCGUCAGCGGAUGACCGACCUGGGACUGGCGAUCGUUGAAGAGGGCGAAGAGACCGGGUACGAUGACUGGGAGGGUGCGGAUGGGGAUGUGUUGGCCGUGAAGUGUUGGUGGUCUAUCUGGGGAUGGAGCGAGAAGGUAUGA